UCAAAAGUAGGCAGCGCUUGGAUCUCCCUUGAGUGCCGUGCGGAUGACAGCCGGGGCUGUGGACGUGUCAACGGAUUUGCUGCUAGUGAAGUGCUCCAGCACAUCGCCCUCAUUCGAUGAGGUCUCGCUCCGCCGGUAAAGCUCGAACAGCAGGGCAGGUGCCCGGCCAGUCCAACAUAUCUCUCCUUCGCUUGCAGAGGGGCUGAUGGCCAGCGCCUCGGUCGGCUCCUCGAUACGGGGGAUCUCGAGCCUGUACACGUCACGUGCGCUUCUCCGGUCGACCCAAUAAUCCCUGAUGCUCUUGCCCACUGUGGCGACGUGACUACUGAAGACGAAGUAACGAUCUUCCGCUCCGAGGCAGCUAAGGAUGAACUCAGCUACCGCCCUCGCCUCCGAUCCUUCAACAGUCAGUGCCGGCAAGGCCUCCUUCGUGAGAAGCUGGUUUAACUUGUCAACAAGGAGAAUCAGGGGCCCGGUGAGCCAUCUCUCCAGGAGAAGCGGAUCAAGAGAGACGUGAUCUAUCCAGUCUUCGAACGAGAUGUCAUCCGGAUCCUUGCCGAUCUGCUUCGCCAGACUCGCGACUGUCUCCUCUCUUGCACACGCCCACGUAAUCCGCAGCACUAUCGAGUCCAGCAGAGUCAACUCGCUGCGCUUGUGGAGCUGGGCCUCAUGCUCGUUGAAGCGAGUUUGGCCGCUGAAGGUUAUGAAAAGCACCGGCUUGCCGCGUCGUUGCAGCUCGCUCCCGAGCUCCUUGAGGGCACGCGACUUGCCGCCUCUCGCGAACCGCGUCAGCACCACAGGGCCCACCCGAAAGUCCGUCGUGUCAUAGCUGGCGAACCGUGGCAAAAUGUAGUCGUCCACGACGUGUAGCAGUCUGGUGAGGCCGACGUACUGCUCAGGAUCUGGACGCUCGAGUCCGCGAGCCCGCGGGGGCUCUGGCGUGAGCGCGGGGACGUGUCGGGACUCACGCUGAGCGUUGGGGUCUGUGAGCUUUGUCAAUUGAGAUGAGGUGGCUGUCCGUGAUCAAGAAGUUGCGAGAGCGGCGGACUCCUCCAGGUCCGGUGUCUGAGGGCCAGCAGAAACAGGAGAAAUGUGCGAGAGCCAGAUCCUCAUCCCGCCCUGUUUUACAGUCCCCACCUGCUUCACUCAUGCGAAGGAUGGAGGGGGAGCUGACAGAUUGGCCCUUCUUGGUUUUCAGUGGUGUACGUCUGGAGAGGGCCAUACGGUGCAGGAACGCAUUAUGGCCAGGUAAUGAAGCAGAGGCCACAGACAGAGUAAGGAGCAAGAUCCACAGCAUCACGGCCAUCAGACGAUUAAGCGAAGUGGCGGAACAACGAGUCAAGGGCGACCCUGAGCAAUACCUGAGCAACAGAACAGCAAACAAAAUAGGCGCCAGAGGUGAACAAGGAUGUGUGAAUGACCUCUCUCUUAAUCGCUUGACAUCUCAGCCACGGGCAACACUGUGUUGGCACAAAUGUGCGCACAACACUGGUG